GCUGGAAGUUGCUGUUGGGUACCGAAAACAGACCAGCUAAAAACAGAUUUAAUGAACAGGCCUGCAUUACCAAUGAAGCUAGUUCAUAUGGAAAAUACGGCAUGUAUAGCAGCUCUAAACGAAGAACUGGAGUGCAUCCCAGAAGCCCUGCAAUGAUGGAGGAUCAGGACAGAGUCAGUCAGGCCUCCAGCAGCGCCACAGUGUCCUUUCUGCCGAUCAGAGACGAGUGUCAUGAAAAAGUGCAGACGUUUGGAAAGAGAUGUCAAGCGGCGAAGAGAGACCCCAACUGUCCUGUGGUGAUCAGAGGAUGGCUGUACAAGAGGGACAGCACUGGACUGAAAUUGUGGAAAAGAAGAUGGUUUGUUCUCUCCAAUUACUGCCUGUAUUAUUAUAAAGACAGCCGUGAGGAGUCUGUGCUGGGCAGUAUUCCUCUCCCCAGCUACAGGAUUCUCUACUGCUCGCCUAGAGAGUGCAGGAACCGGAAAUAUGCUUUCAAGGUUGUUCAUCAGGGGAUGCGGCCGUACAUCAUGAGCGCUGAAACCCAGGAGGACAUGUUGGGUUGGGUCAGGGCUCUCAGCCAAUCAGCAAGCAUGGAGGCUGAUGACAUCAUCAACAGACGCUGUGCCAGUUUUCAGGACUUCACUCAGAUGGGAGAUAACCCUGAAACCAUGGAGCUCCAGCACAUGGCCAUGUUUCCAGAACGAAACACCCAGACCGCAACAAAACUGAGCAGGGUGCAGACAGAACCGACUCUACUGGAUCAAGACAUGAUGGGAAUUAAAAUGAAGACACCAGAGCUGAGAGGAAGACAUGAGAACAGACCAAUCGCACCUGAAGCUACUGAGUAUUCUCAGAGUUUUCUGAAGGCAGAUGAGGAACCUCUUUCCUUCCUACAUUCGAAGGCAACCUUCAAGCAACCUUCAUUUCCCAGAGAUCAGUAUGGGUCACCGUGUCACGGUAAUAUGGGCAGAGCAGACGUUUGGCCCUUGGAUAACUGCUCAAGUGCUCCAAUGUCACCCUGCAUCUACACGCCUGAGUUUCCAUGUUCUGUGUGCUACUGUUCCAACUACCACACGGCAGAACACAUGGCAAUGUGCAAGGCAGGUAAAUCAGACAUCGUCAUAGAGAGAGAAAUACAACCAAUCAGAGAUCUGGAAAACGAUACAGAUGUGGUUCUCACUCGUCUGUGUGGUUGUGAUAAACUUCUGCAGUCCGUCUCUAUGCAGCUGGCUCAGUUACAGGCAGAUAAGAAAAGCAUUGAGUAUGCUUUAGAAAUCAAAUGGCUGGGGAUGGAAGACGGACUUCCUGGAGAGCAGGAAGUAUCCCAGAAGACUUUGCUUCAGGAGGAGCUGGUUACACUCCGAGCCAGAAUUUGUGAUUUGUCAUCGGAGAUGGACAGUUUGUGGAGUGAUUACGAACGGAUGGAGAGCGAGCUGUCCGUUUUCCAUUCUCAUCUCCAACACAUCCUUCACUUCGGAACGCCACAGGAGCAGAUUCAGGCACAGAGGCAGCUCUGGAUGAUGGAGGAUAUCUUGUGUGGUUUGAGGGUGAACAAGAACCGCUUUAUGGCCUUAUUGGGUCUACAGAGGCAGGGUGCUCCUCAGCCAAAGCCCGUUUCCUACUUUGAAGGCGAGUUAGGAGGUCUCAGCAUGGAGUGUGUGACCGAAGCGGAGCAGCAGGACUACAUGAAGAUUCACCAGAGUUACAAGAAAUGGACCCAAGAGAGUCCUGCCAAUGACAGCAGGAUGAGUUCUGAACAUGAAGCCUCACAUGAACCGCUGCGUCUGACACGCGUUGUGACAUCUACCCUUCCGACAUCACUAAUCGCAGAGCGCAUUUUUGUGGACGACCCCUAUCCUGAGCCACCCGAACAAAUCAGUCUACAGUCAGGACUGAGGAACAGCCAGAGGAGAGCAGCAAAGAAACCCAGCAGAACUCUGCAUGAGACGACUGACAAAAACAGACACUUACACUGGGCCGACGGACCGGAAGAGAUGCAACAAAAGAAACCGGCUCAAAAUCACAACAGCAGUGCCAGAGAGAAGGCACUGGCUGAGAGAAAGAUCUGGACACAUCGUCAGCAAGAGCUUGAGCCUGGAGCCUUGUGCCUUACAAACUCUGAGUCUGACUGUGACGCCGCCAUGAGCUCUCAGAAACGCCAAACUAAACCCAGACAAACGGAUAAAAGAGACAGAAAUAUGAGUGCCGCCAGAGAGCACUUUAUAGACGACAUUCAUCCCUUGAAACUCAUUACAGCCAGUGAAAAAGAGACAGAGAAGUACACAGCAGAUUCUGCUGUUGUAAACUUGAGUAACGGCUACAGCGGUGAUAGGCGCAAAUUUAAAAGCCACAGCAAUGAGUCGGCCAACCCAAUAAAGCCACAAUGUGGUGAUGCAAAAGUGCACAAUGAAUUCAAGGACAAAACAUCACAACAAUCAUCUCGCAAUGACAUCAUCGUCAUAGAAAGCCACUCCAUCAAUCAUAUUUCAACUCUUACGGUGUUUAAGGGACAUCAGGGAAACAAUCAAAUGCACAAACCUCAUAAAAAGAACAGAAGUUCUGACCGACAAAAGUAUUCAGUCUCCACUAAUGUGAAAUCUGAGUGUUUUCUGUCAAAUAACAGACAGUGCGAGUUAGUCCCGGUCUACGUUCAUGACGCAAACCCUCAAGAAUCUUUCCCUCCAGUGGAAAAUCAACAACCAGGUCAGGGAACCAAUCAAACGCUUGAUAAACCAGAGGGAGGAGACUGUGGGCGGAGCCAAAGUCCCAAAACAACAUUCGAAAUGGCACAAGCUAAUGGAAUUAAAGAAAUGCCCAAUCAAUCACCAGACGCUCAACCAAUCACAUCGACUGACAAUCAACUGACACCCACCUCUGACCAAUCCAAGCCAGAGCCAUGCAUUUAUGAGGAAAUCCAGUUUAGCUCGCCAAGAUCAGCAGAUGUCGAAGAGAAUCAGAAGAAUCAAACCAGUGGAGAUGAAACACAACCAUCAAACCUCACCGAAAACAAACCUGGACCGUCUCGCACUGAGAGCAAUGGGGAGUACAGUACGAAAAAUACAGAGAAAAGUCAACCAGGAAGUGAUGUUACGUGCAAGAGUGGGAAAAAGCAGAAAGUUUACAGCUCCUUAAUAAAAAGCUCAGUGAUAAAUCAUCAUGUCCAGGACUGCCGGCCGCGGAUAACCGUGGUCAGCACCAGCCUGUAGACUACAGAGAAGCUGCAGGAAGUGUGAGAGGCAAUAAGACACAAAAAAGAAAGAAGAGUUGGAAUACAUGAAGUGAAUAGAAAGCAAAUAGUAAGAUAAAAGUAUUAAACAUGGAAUUAAAGCUUCAGUCCUGAACGGAAUAUAAUCACAUCAUUUCUUGUGAAACUGCAGUUUUAGUUGAGAAUGGGUCACAUUGGUGCUGAUUAAACACUGUGGUCAUUUUUGUGUCAUUUAGCAACCGUCAUGAGAAGAAUUCAUCAUUUUAUACAUGCACACUAAAAUUCUUUGACUACUAAGAUAAUACCUCUAACUGCAUAAAACUCUUACCCCCGGUUUCACAGACAAGGCUUAACCUAGUCCCAGACUAAAAUGUAAGGCUGAGCUGUUUCAACUGAAAUAAACUUGCACUGAUUGAUCUUAAAACAUAUCAGUGCCUUUGUUUUGUCUCAAGAUGCAGACCAGUAAUGUUUUUUUUCUAAGCACAUUCAUAAAAAUUGCUUAAAUGUCCUAAUUGAACUAAUCCUGGUUUACUCUAAGCCCCGUCUGUGAAACCGGGCCUUAAAAUGAUUAAUUGACAUGGAAAUAUUCCUCACAUUUCUACAAGUGCAUUAAUCAGUUAUCAGCUUUGUGAUUUGUUUGACCAAUGAUAGUCUCAUAUUGUAAACACAUCUGUGGCUUAUUAAUAGCUUUCUGUGAUUUUGCCAAGUGAGACAUAGUUCCUGGAUCAACAUCCUUGUUAGACUUCCUAUAAACAGACAGAUUUUAAGGUUAUCAGUUUAGUUACAGAUUAAGACUGUUUGUCUGACAGAAAUGUUGGUCCAGAAGCAAAUAAAAGUUUUUGAUCCAGGAAAAUGUUCUGCAUGGCAAAAGUCAUAAUAAUAUAUUAGAAGUGUUUUAUUAAAAGAACUUUGUACUUUCAUUGCAGUGUUAUGUGAUGCUGUUUUGUUGUUGUUAUCUAGGCUAAUUAAAUCAUCUCAUGUUUUGAUCCUACAUAUUCUUUUAUUGUUGUAUUUAACAACAGCAAACUGAUCUGGAUAUAAUGUUAUGCAUUGGAAACGUUGACUUGUGAGCAUUCACCCAAUUCUGAAAAAUGAAAGUUUCGUCAUCAUUUACUCACCCUCAUGUUGCUCCAGACCCCUAUGAUUUACCUUCUUCUGUGGAACACAAAAUAUGUUUAGGCCAGUCAUGGUCCAGAACUGAAAACAGUUCAGAACAUUAGCCUACUUUCUGAAGCCAUGUGUGAGGAAUAGCCUAAACCGAGAUUUAAGUCUUAAUAUCUCCUGAAUCUCCUAUAGCCCGUGACUGUAAACAGAUAUCAAACAAAUUAACUGUGAGCAAAGUGACAUUUCUGAUUAAACAAACUCUGAUUUGAGAUUAUGAAUAAACCGUUUUGAUUCGUCACGGUGACUCGAAUCGCUUUCAAAUCUGUUCAGUGUUCACUAAAGAAAUUCGUUCAGAAUCCUUCACUGAUUCGUUAAGUGACCGUCCCUGCGUUCCAUUCGGAAGGGCUCAUCCCUGUGCCCUAACCCCUUCAAAGGGUUUACCCUCCGGAGUGAGAGCUUCGAAGGGUUGAAGGGUGUAGGGGACCAAACAACUGUUUCUUGAAGUGCCCUUCUGUGUCAUCAUCCCGUGCCCACACGGAGGCGCCAUCAUCAUGGAAAGAAUCAGCGCAAAGGAUCAUGGGAGCCCGAAGUGUCCAUCAGUUAUACCCUUCGAAAUCCUUCAUUUCAAGUGGCUAGUUUUGAGCACUUCAGUUUGGAACGACCCUUCAAUAUGGCGGCCAUGAUUGUUUUCACAAUAACUGUGAUAUAUCCCGUUUGGAACGCACCGUCCUUCUGCAGGUUAGGCUAUGUCAUUACGACAGCGCUCGCCAAUUGUUCAAUUAGUUUACUAAUGAGAUGACUUAUUCAGUGCCACUCCGCGUUCAGAUUCACAAAAUUUCAGUAAAAGGGGGCAUGAUCGUUCAGUA